UGGCCUUGGUCUACUCUUCCCCCUCCGGAGCCCCGUUGAGCCUCGAUGGAAAACGACGAGGGGACGCUUCUUCCACAAGAGACGAGAUGCUGAUCUGAACCCAGCUUAAGAAGCCCAGCCCACUCCACGACCCACCUGAGCGUCUUCCCGCCAUCUCCAGCGGGUGCUAACUCCACUCCUGUGUCUGCUGCCGCCACCGCUCUCCCUUCUGCCUAGCCAUGGCUUUCAUGGUGAAGACAAUGGUUGGUGGCCAACUGAAGAAUCUCACUGGUGGCUUAGGAGGAGAAGACAAAGGAGAAGGGGACAAAUCUCCAGCGGAAGCCCAAGGAAUGACGAAGGAAGAAUAUGAAGAGUAUCAGAAGCAGCUGGUGGAAGAAAAGAUGGAGCGUGAUGCUGAGUUUGCCCAGAAGAAGGCUGAGCGUGCGACUCUGCGGACUCACUUCCGUGACAAAUACAAACUGCCCAAGAACGAAAUGGACGACAACCAGAUCCAACUCGCCGGGGGUGACGUGGAGCUGCCUAAGGAGCUGGCCAAGAUGAUAGAGCAAGACAACGAGGAAGAAGAGGAGAAGGACUCUGUUAUCGGACAGCUGACCAACAUCCAGAACCUAGACCUAGAUUCCUUGAAGGACAAAGCCCAAGCCACCAUAGAUGACCUGAAGCAGUCGGCUGAGAAAUGCACCGUCAUGUGACUCCGUGCUGCCUCUUGAUCCCAGUCGGUCAACUUGGGACCCGUGUGAGUGGGGUGGGGUGGUCUGUGAGGGGGCAAGGCUGACCCUAGUUGAUGAGAAAAGACCCAACAGACCGCCCAAUGAGUUUGUCUUCCUUGCGUGCGCGCGUGUGUGUGAGCUGAGUAUUUUCUUU